CACAAUUGUCAAUCACCGACAGGUGGGGCUUCCCGCUCGCGUAUCAUGGCUGCGAAAUCAAAGUUGGAUUCUAAAUAGCAUCAACGACGAACAAGACAGGGAGGUUUCUACUCAAGAAGGACGCGGGCAAUCGGGGAUAGAGAAGCGACUGGGGAUUCUUGAAACCACAAUUGGCCAUUAUCCCUUGCACACACAAUCAUGUCACGAGUCUGUACCCGACAUAUUGGCAAUAUCUGCCAUCGAUGCGCUUUUACACCAGCACCGACAAUCGCAAACCAAGCCUUCGUUAGCGGAACACUCCUAGCUUCCAUUCGCCAUGGGAGAAGGAUAACAAUAAAGGGCCCGCGUGCACGAUGGGCUUCGACCGCAUCGACAUACCCAGACCUCAAUAUCCAGCCGGCCGAUGCCGAUAAAGUCCCUCGACAAUUGACUGAUCCGACACAACUGGCAAAUAUCGUAGAGAGCACGAAGAAGAAGUUCCUGGCGACAGAUGGAAUUCCGGCGAAGCAACUGACGACUGCGGCCCUUGAGACGUGCCUCAAGGCUGCUCAAGCCCUCCAACCUCAAAUCCACAGGGCUGAAGCUCAGUCACGGACGUCCACAUCAAAGCUCAUGGAGUUGGGAGCAGAGCGAACUGGCCAAAGACCAAAUUCUAUGGACCCCCAACUUGCCGAUGGCGUCAAAAAGAUCUCGUACUCGGCCUAUGCAAUCAUUUCGCAGCCCAAUGUCGAGAUAACACCCGCCUUCCUUGAACUCUAUGUUGCUAUUCAGGCUUCGCUAGGCCGGCCUGAGUCGCUUCCUGCCGUGUUCGAGAUGUUUGCGACCAAGAAGAAGCCGGUCGUCAAGAAUGGAGUGGUCCAAUACGUGGCUUCAAACCCCAAUGCCGCAGUCAAAGCAAUUGAGAAAGGCGUCGCUGAUAUGGCUUUGCAGACUGCUAUUGACGCCAAGAAUCUAGAUUCAGCACUGGGCGUUGUUGAAGCCUCCUUCAGACUUCCAGCAUUCAAGCGUCAGAAGCUUAUCAAGCAUUCCACUACCCCUGCCCUCGCCCUUGGCUCUCUGCCCUUUGGUAUCUUUGGUCUUGCUUCAGCAUAUGCUGCCUACUGGCAGAACACUAUGGAUAUAUCCACAGCAACGGGCCUCGGUGUUGCUGGCAUCUCUGGAUAUUUCUUGGUUGUGGGAUCAAUGGGUAUGAUUGCCAAAUUAAGUAACAAAGAUCAGAUGAAGCGUGUGACUUGGGCGCCUGGCACACCACUGCGUCUCAGGUGGCUGAGGGAGGAGGAACGAGCUGCUAUGGACAAGAUUGCUUGUGCCUGGGGCUUCAAGGAGCCCUGGAGGCAUGGAGAGGAGUCAGGUCCUGAGUGGGAGGGUCUCAAGGAGUACAUGGGUUACCGUCAGAUGAUUCUCGAUCGCGUUGAGUUUAUGGAGGGCAUGAGUUAGUUUCUCCGCUGUGUCCCCCCAGUGUACAUCAUAUCUGUAAAUAAGAAACAUGCAUGAAAUAUCUUAUGCUCUCCCCGAGUAAGCUGCACCCCAUAGCUUGACUUGAGAUGGUUGGCAAAAUGACAAGAGAAGAACAACAUGCACACCUAGACCUGAA